GGCAGCGGCGGAAGAUGGCUGCGAUCGUGGCCACGGAUACACAGCUGAUGCUCGGAGUCGGGCUGAUCGAAAAGGACACUAAUGGAGAAGUUCUGUGGGUGUGGUGUUAUCCUUCCACCACAGCCUCAUUAAGGAAUCUGCUGCUUCGAAAAUGCUGCCUAACAGAUGAAAACAAACUUCUCCACCCCUUUGUCUUUGGCCAGUACAGAAGAACAUGGUUUUAUAUCACUACAGUUGAAGUCCCAGAUGCUUCAAUUUUGAAAAAGGUGACUCAUUUUUCUAUUGUUCUGACUGCCAAAGAUUUUAACCCAGAGAAAUAUGCCGCCUUCACUAGGAUAUUGUGUAGACUAUAUCUGAAACAUGGGAGCCCAGUUAAAAUGAUGGAGAGUUACAUUGCAGUUCUUACCAAGGGGAUCUGCCAGAGUGAAGAAAAUGGCUCUUUCUUUAGCAGAGACUAUGAUAGUCGAAAGGCAUAUCUUGUAGGCUCCAUCAAAGACAUUGUUUCUCAAUUUGGAAUGGAAACUGUUAUCUUACACACAGCAUUGAUGUUGAAAAAACGAAUUGUUGUUUAUCACCCCAAAAUAGAAGCUGUCCAGGAGUUUACCAGGACUCUGCCUGCCCUGGUGUGGCAUCGACAGGACUGGACCAUCCUGCAUUCUUAUGUGCACCUCCAUGCUGAAGAACUGGAAGGCGUGCAGAUGUGCACAGGCUAUAUUGCUGGCUUUGUAGAACUGGAGGUGAGCAACAGACCAGACCUCUACGAUGUGUUUGUGAAUCUGGCGGAUAGUGAGAUCACCAUCGCUCCACUCGCAAAAGAGGCCAUGACAAUGGGCAAACUGCAUAAAGAAAUUGGUCAGCUAAUUGUGCAGUCUGCAGAAGACCCGGAGAAGUCAGACAGCCAGGUGAUACAGGAUAUUGCUCUAAAAACAAAAGAAAUCUUCACCAAUCUAGCACCAUUUUCAGAAGUGUCAGAUGACGGGGGAAAAAUUGUCCUCAGUGUUGAGGCACUGAAGCAAAAGCGAUUCCCACCUGCCACAGAGAACUUCCUUUACCAUCUAGCAGCAGCUGAACAGAUGCUGAAAAUCUGAAUGCCCACAGCAAGCCCCUACAGAACUUCUCUUCAUUCUGAGUACCCACUGGCAUUAUAUAGUAUUGGAGUUACAGAGGAAAUGUUCUGUUUUUAAUGAUUUAUUUCCAAGUAUUGAGAUCUGUCCUGAGAAACAUUUAAAAACAAUUGUGAUUAUUUUUCUCCCUGCCAGUUUGAUCCAGUGCUGGACAGUAUUUUAACCAUGUCCUAAUGGUAGGAGCCAUAUGCUGUCCCUGAGUUUAGGAGUUGCACACAGUUCAGCACAUGCACGUCUUCAUUGUGUAUCCCUGUUUGUCUCACUGUAACCAUAAACUUAACGGUUUAUUUUCAGAAAGCUGCCUCGCAGUUUGCUUUUUAUUCUUCUAGAAAAAAAACUUGAAUUCCUCAUGAGAGAUUUUUUACUUUCUGAGCCAAACUGCUAUAUUUUCUGCAGAAUUAUCUAGAAUAUCAUUCAAGAGAUAUUGCAGUUGCACUUUCUUGUAAAAGAAAAUGUUUUUGGGCCUUUGAAAUUUUAGCCUAUAUUAUGAAGGUUUUUCAUAGAUUUUGUACUAACUGCUGCUGGCAGUGCCUUUGGGAAAAAGAAACUAGUUCCUGUAACAGAGGAGACAGUUUUAAAUAUUAGAAACAACACCUUUGUUUUUGUUUGCAGUGCUGGAGCUAGAACCUGGGCCUGGCAUGUGCCUGGCAAGUGCUUUCCCACCAAGCUAAACCCCCAGCCCAUAAUGCUUUCAUUAUUAUAAAGGAACUUAAGAAUCAAAUUGCAGAGGCUAAAACCAGAUAGUGUCUUCAGGUGACUUCAGGAAAAGUAAUUUGACCACAUCAUAAAGGACACUGUUAUUGGACCUUCUUUUUUGUUUGUUUGGUUUUUGUUUUGGGUUUUAUUGGUUGUUUUGGUUUUGGUUUGUUUUUGAGACAAGGUUUCUCUAUGUACCACUGGCUGUCCUGGAACUCACUAUGGAGACCAGGCUGGCCUCAAACCCAGAGAUCUCUGCCUUCCUCUGCCUCCCAAGUGUUGGGAUUAAAGGCAUGCACCACCAGCACCUUAUUGGACCUUCUUAAUUUGAGACCUUAAAAUUGCCACACAAUCACAAAUAUCUACAUUAUGCAUUCCAGUGUCUACUCAUGUUAGUUAUGAAAGGCUACUUUCCUUCAGUACAGUUGCAGAACCUUCAAACCUUACCAGGAAACACAUUUGCAAAAACUUUAUCUAAGUUGGGUCUUUUUGCGGGCAUAGUGAUAUAUAUCUUCAGCAAUUGGUAGGCCGAGGCAGGAGGGUCUUUGUGAGUUUGAGGCUAGCCUGGUCUACAAAGUAAGUUCCAGAACAGCCAGGCUGUUACACAUAGAAACCUUGUAUCAAAAAAACAAAACAAAACAAAACAAAACCAAAAAAGUUGGGUCUUUUUAAAAACUUGACAUUUAAGUAAAAACAAAAAAUAGCCUUUCCCUCUUUUUCUUGGGUUGGAACAGAGAGGACCUAAAAUUAAAGUUGUUUACUGGAUUUAACAAUUGAAGAUUAAAUUUGCACUUUAUGAAAAGAACUGCUGAUGUCUUUAUUUUCUCUGUUUUCUUGCAAAAAUUACAAAAUUUAGAAUUACAAAAUUAUGAUGCAAUGACUUCCCAGGGAAGGCCUUACCCUCUCUGAGGAGCAGAUGGUGGAGGGGAGAAGGUGGAGGGAGCGGGUAGAGAGGAGGGAUGGAGA